CAUGAUGUGGUCAUUAUAGGAGCAGGCCCAUGCGGUCUGGCUGUCGCGGCCCGCCUUACUGAAGCUACACCCUCUGCCCUCUUCACCGACGCUGAGCAUGAGAGAUUUUGGGGGAAACGGCACAAUUCCUCUCAUCGAAAGACCUUGAACAAGUCCGAGGAUCUCACUAGGCAGUCCCCAUCGACUUCUCGACCUGUGUCCCGUUAUUCGAUAGCUGUCCUCGAAUCUCAUUCGAACCAAUGGAUGUCGAGGUGGAAUAACCGCUUCGAUGCUCUCAGGAUUAGUCACCUCCGCAGCCCGAUGUUCUUUCAUGUCGAUCCUGGCGAUCGAAAUGGCCUGCUGGCAUAUGCCUAUGCAGAAAGACGCGAGCGGGAGCUGAAGGAGGUCCGGAAUGUGGUUGGCAAGGAGCUGAGCAAGCACCAUAGGAAGCAGAGGAGAUCUGCUGGAAAGAAAGCAGCAGCUCCGAAGAUUGUUCCAGUCAAUGAGCGUGACCGAGAAGACUACUUUCGACCUUCGCAGAAGCUCUUUUGCGACCACUGUCAGGACGUCAGCCGGCGGUAUAAGGUCGAUAAUCUUAUUCAACAAACUGAGGUUACCUCAGUGAGCUAUGACCAUGCAGAAGAUGAUUCUGGACGAAGUUUAUUCACGAUCGAGUCGACGACUGGAAAAUUCUAUUCUAGAACAGUGAUCAUGGCCAUUGGUCCCGGCGUGCCCCAGUGCGUUCCAACCAGUUACGAGGGGGAUGUCUUUGCCGCGUGUCACACGUCAUAUAUCAUGGAUGGCGGGGAGCUUCCUGCUCAUCUCAUGAAGAAAAUCAAGAGUAAAGCCGCUACCAACGUUGUGGUUAUUGGUGGCGGUCUUACAAGCGCCCAGGUUACAGAUUUGUUGAUUAAAAAAGGUGUAACAAAGGUGUGGCAUCUGAUGAGGGGUCCAACAAAAGUACGCCACUUUGACCUUGAGUUGCCAUGGGUCGGAAAAUAUAAAAAUAAUCAGUUGUCGACAUUCUGGUGUUGUGAUGACGACGAUGAGCGCCUCAAAAUGAUUCUCGAGUCCCGGAACGGCGGCACUCUCACCCCCGAGCAUCGAAAAAUUCUCGAGACUCACUGUGCACAUGGCCGAGCAAAAUUAUUUAAUUAUACAGAAAUUGCAUCAAAGACCUGGGACCCAGCAACGAAGACAUGGCUUGUCAAAAUCAACGGCGCGUCGGACUCCGCCACUCACCCAACUCGCCAAGGCCAAAUUAAAUCAACUGAGCCCCCCUCCGACGAAGACACCCUUCCCUCAAUCGACUUCAUCAUAUACUCCACCGGUAAUGUUGCAGACAUUGACUCCAUGCCGCUGCUAGAACCGCUGCACCGCUCUCAUCCAAUUGACACAAAAGGCGGCCUGCCGUGUCUUACCAACGACCUCAUGUGGCGCGAUGACGUGCCGCUCUUCCUCACUGGUCGAUUUGCAGGACUUCGUCUUGGCCCCUUUGCCGGAAAUCUCGAAGGUGCCCGACAGGGCGCCGAGCGGAUUGCUUGGAAGGUAGAGGAGCUGCUUUUA